AUGGUGAAAAAAAGUAAUAGAUUAAAGCUGCUUCGUAUAACUAACCUCUACGAUGUGUCCAUCAACCACCUGUGCAUCUACGUGCAAGGUUUGCAUAGACACAUUAGGCGGCAGUGCAUUCGAAUACAGAGGCUAAAAAAGAAAAUACACGGAUUGCGAACGUUACAAAAAAGCUACUGCGAUAAAAAUGCGACGAAUAAUGAAGAACAAAUCGUAGAAGAGGAACACGAUUUCAAUCAUGAUGAUCCAGUGUCGACAGAGCCUUUGGACAUCAAGGCGUUCGUGGAUGAUAUCAAGAAAACAGCUCAAGAUGUCGACCUCCAGAAUAGAUAUAUUUACGAACCUACCUCUGGGCUCUACUAUGACCCGGCAACAGGAUAUUAUUAUAACUCGGUAUACGGAUUGCAUUACGACGGAAACCGAGGAUGCUAUUUGAAGUACAAUGAAGACACCAAGGAGUACGAUUUUUAUUCACAAGUCAUUCCGGAAACUAUGCUAGAAACCGAGCCCAAACCCAAGCAAAAGAAGGCAAAGCGCACAGAUGUUUCCAAGGAUGACGGCGGAAGAAAAUCCCUUGACAGUGAGGACAGUGAACGGGUUAAACGACGACGAAAGCAUAGUCGGAAGCACAAAAAACGACACCGUCGCAAGCAUCGCCGCCGGUCUCGUUCACGAUCGCGUUCGGAGUCGGAUUCGAGUGAUUGUGGCAGCAGUUCUUCGCUGCCCAAACGCUCUAAAAAGAAGCGCAAGUCAAAGCGCCGACGCCGUAAAUCGAGUUCCGAUGAGGCCGUGAAGGAAGAGGGUGAGCUGGAGAGCAGCGAAAGCAGCGAUUCGAAAUCGCAGGAAUCGGUCAUAGUAGUAAAAUCGAGUGCUGAAGAUAGCGCCGAUUCGGCAGAACAGUUCAGCACAAACUAUAAAGAUGUAGCUAAAAGGUACCCACCGUCCCUGCGCAUGGUUGUGCAGGAAACCAAUAUUAAAGAUCUUAAGAUCGGUUCGCUGUUCAUCGUCACCUGCAAAGGCGGAACUCUGGGACGGGAGGGAAAUCAUGAUGUGAUCAUCCCUGACAUAAACGUAUCCAAAAAGCACCUCCAGUUCACGUACGACGACCGGAAGGGGAUGUAUCAGUUCGUGGAUCUUGGGUCUCGCAACGGAACGAUCUACAACGGCGUCCGGAUGAAGAUCGACGAAGCGCAAGGGCAGAGUGAACCGCAGCAUCUGGUGCACGGGAGCGUGUUGCAGCUCAAUCAAACGAAACUUCUCUGCCAUGUGCACGAAGGAAACUCCACGUGCGGAAAGUGUGAGCCUGGGUUGCUCGUGAGCCGCACCGAACCUGUGGCGCCGGUGGAAAACAGCUCGAAAAUCACGAAACCCGUCUCUCACAAGGAAGGCUUGAAGCUGAUCCAGAAACGUUUCGGAUUGGAAAACGAAAAGUACGUGUGCACCGGUGAAGCUGGGAGCAACAGUAUCGACUACAAGGAUCGGGCGGCUUUUCGGCGAAAGGUGAAGGGAAGCUCAAAUGAACACGAAAAGACGCAAGUCGCAUCGCUAGAUCAAUCGAUCGCUAGCAGUAACAAAGGCUUUCAGAUGCUAUCGAAACUGGGAUGGAGUGAGGGCACAACGCUAGGCAAGAACGACGCUGGCCUAAGUGAGCCUAUACAACUUACCUCGAACGUCGGUACGUCGGGACUCGGAAGCCAGAACCAGAUGGCUAUCGGUGGGCCGAACAGUGGCCUCCCAAUCGAUCCCAAGCGGCAUAGUAUCUGGCGCAAAACUCAGGAACGCUUCGAAAAGUCGAAGGUCUUCGAAGUGCACAGCAGUGAGGAUUCCGAAUGAGGUCCUUGUAAAGAAAAAAUUGCACAGGUUGAGAUUUGAAUUUAAUUCCUAUGUUGUAUUUAUCGAAGUACAAGUUAAGCUGCCAAAGGAUGUAAUUAUUGUAUGGAAAAUGAAUUAUUGCAGCUCAUCCUAAACACUAUCCCUAAAUCAACAAACAUAAUCAUUUCGAACAUCCCAUCAAAUACGGCAUCCCUUUAGCUCGACAACAAUGGUGCGCUUAGGAAUCCUUUUUUGCUUCGCAUUCACACCACCCUCUGGAAUGAAUGAAAUACAAACAGUGAAUA